UUGAGUAUAUUGGCCGAGCCGAUCCCGGAGCAUUUUACCAAUUUUUUUUUCUCAUCUAUGUUACUUUUUUCCGAUCGUUCUAGUGAUGUUCGAUGCGGUCGAUCGAUCGGCGUGAACGUUUAUUCGGUGCUUUUAUAUCCGAUUUUUUUUGAAUUUAUUUUUAUCCGUUUUGUGUGGACUGUUAACGCGAGUUGGUGAUGGAUAUUUUCCCGGAUUCGUCAAGAACAUCUUAGCUUCGAGAUGCAGGGAACAGUGUUGAUGCCACACAACCCACAGCAAGGAUAUCCACCUCCGUCAGGUCCAAUUGUUUCAGAUAUGGAAUCACCGCCAUCUCCCAACGAAACCACCAAAGAAACGGCCAACAAAAGCGACUCCGGCAUAUUCUCCUGCACCACCAACUCCACCAUCGACCACAACGACAGCUCGAAGACGCUCGACAGCGGCGACAACCGCAGCGACUGCUCCUCGCCCGAACGCAAAUACUUCUGUCCCAUCUGCGAGAAGAUGCUCACCUCGCAGCACAAGUUCACCCUGCACAUCCGCUCGCACAACAACGAGGACGAGGCCCAGGACGCCGAGAAGGGCUUCGUCUGCCGCAUCUGCUCCAAGGUGCUGAGCUCGAACAGCAGCCUGGACAGGCACGUGCUGGUGCACAGCGGCGAGCGGCCGUUCCACUGCAAGUUCUGCGGCGACACCUUCACCACCAACGGCAACAUGCACCGGCACAUGCGGACCCACUCGCAGCGCGCCGAGAGCAGCUACGAGUCGGACAGCAGCGUCGGCAGCGCCAGCUCCAAGAGCACCGAAUGCAACAACAAUAGAAUCGAGAAGGUGAAGCGGAAGAACGAUAGUUCGGACGCCGGCGAUAAGAAGCCGAAAUUGGAUGUGGAGUUCAAAUGUCCGGUGUGCGAACGGACGGAUUUCAAUUCCAGCGGGAAUUUGGAGACCCAUUUGGAGGACAACCAUCCGGAUUAUCCGAUUAAAUGUAACGUUUGUAAAGAAACGUUCGCUAACAGUAAGUUGUUGAUGGCUCACAAAUCGGCUGUGCACGAAAACGUUGUCAACAAACAGGCUGUUAUCGGUUUCAAAGAUUUGACUUUCGUGGACUUUUCGAGCGAGAAAUUUCCUCACAUAGCGCGAAGAGAGUGCGAGAUAAAUCUGCACAAAGCUUCCAGCGGAUUGAAAUUCCAAUGCAAAUACUGCUCCAGAGCUUUCCCUUGUUCCAAUUCGCUAAACAUACACGAGAACAACUGCAAUUCACCGACAUCUCUGAAUCAUUCCGACAUGAACGUCUCUCCGCCUGACAUCAAACGCAUGGAGUUCUUCAACCACCUAAACCUAGUCGAUAAUUCGCCGGAAAAACACUGUUUCACGUCGAAUAAACUACGAGAACAUCUAGCAAGAGCCGUAGACAAUACCAAAGAUCUAGCCGACAUCCAAUCGAUACUAUCCAACAUCAACCUGCAGAAACUCCAAACCGAACAACCAGCAAAACAAAGUCUAGAUACUUCCAUGGAAUGCCAGAAAAUCGAAGAGGACGAAUCUCAAGAUCUAUUCGCCGUGGAAUUUCGCAAAAUGAAACUCCGAGGCGAGUUCCCCUGUCGACUCUGCACAGCCGUAUUCCCCAACUUACGGGCAUUGAAAGGUCACAACAGGGUGCACUUAAACGGCAACAACAACGGCACGUACUACUGCAACAUGUGCCCGCAUUCUUCGAUCGACAAAGCCGCGUUGAUCCGGCACAUGCGCACCCACAACGGCGACAGGCCCUACGAAUGCGCCCUGUGCAAUUACGCCUUCACCACCAAGGCGAAUUGCGAGAGACAUCUGAGGAACAGGCACGCGAAGACCACGCGGGAAGAGGUGAAGAAAGCCAUCAUCUACCACCCGUCGGAGGAUCCCACCAACGAGGAACUGAACAAGCUGGUCGGCAAGGACGAUGCGAAGAAGCCCGAGGAGAAGACGCCCUUCGUCGCGCCGAAAUUCACCGAAUUAAUGCGAGGUAAUAGAGACAAACCCAAAUUGGAGACGUUCCCGGAACUGGCCAAACCGUGCGAUGUGCCUUACAUUCCGACGUACUUGUCGAAUUUCCCCAACAAGAUUCAAGUGAAAGAUUUGAACGCGCUGAACAACGAAUUCGAGGAAGACUACGCGGACGAAGAGGAAGACCAGCCGCUGGAUUUGGUGUUGGAUUUGAGCAAGAAAAAGCUACCCGAGGCGGUCGAAGAGGAGCCGCAGGAUUUGACUAAGAAAACUUCGACGCCGAUACAGCAGCAGUUGCCUCCUAGCGUGAGCCAGAUGUUCGCGCAGCAGCUGCUGAAAUCGCCGCCCAAGAUCGAUCCGGCUGCGCUGUACGCGACCCAACUGGCUUUGUACCGCAGCGGAUUUCCUCUACCGAAUUGGCCGGGAUUUUCCAUCAAUCCAUUACUGUUUACUGUACCGCCGCCUCUACCGCAAAAUUCCUCGCAAGACAUUAAAGAACGAAUGCAGAGAUUCCAGUUGUGCGGAGGUUCGAUGAUAUCUGACGACAUCAAAAACCGGCCCUUUCCGAUUGCUCCACCGUACUCUAACGGUUUCAGAUUGGAGCCGAAACCCGAUAGCUUUUCCACGCCUAAAAAACCCGAAAACAUGAAACCGCUAAACAUUGACCCGAACGUAAACUAUCAAGAAAACUUACACAGUCCCAUACCAUCGGCCAAACCCGAUUUGAUGCAUUCCCCGAACGCCGUUAAAAUGGUCAUAAAAAACGGCGUGCUGAUGCCCAAGCAGAAGCAACGGCGGUACAGAACAGAAAGACCCUUCACCUGCGAGCAUUGCUCGGCUAGAUUCACUCUGAGAUCCAACAUGGAGCGGCACAUCAAGCAGCAGCAUCCUCAAUACUGGUCUCAAAGGCAGAGGAGUUCGAUAACGGCGCCGGGCAAAAAACCAUCCAUGCCGGUCAAACCGAACUACUGCGAUUUGAGCAUCCCGAGUCCGGUGUACCAAAAGGAACCCGUCAAAUAUUCGCUGCUCUCGCAACAACUCACCAGGCCCGAGUACCACAAGAAAGAGGAGGACGAAGAUUGCGCCCUCGUAAUCGACGAGAACGACGAGAAACCCGUUGUGAAGACUGAAGAAAUCGAUUACGACGAGGAGGAAACCAAACCGGACGUGAAAACCAUCAAAACUGAAGAAACUACCGAUCUAGUUUCCGUGUCUAGGCUGCUAGAUAACGCUUCACAGCAGCAAUUCAAAGAGUUCUUUAAGCGCGGCGAAGAGCACGAUGCUGGUUUGGCUAGCGAAGAAGACGAAGAAGGUUUAGUCGCCAGCGGUAGUACCAGCGAAGGUAACAUCUCUGGUACCGACGAAAAUAAAUCGGAGUCUGAAGCAGUGCAACCGGUCAAGAAGCAAUCCGCCUAUUCCCUGGCCCCGAACCGCGUGAGUUGCCCCUACUGCAACAGGAAAUUCCCGUGGACGUCGUCGUUACGCCGCCACAUCCUCACCCACACCGGCCAAAAACCCUUCAAAUGCAGCCACUGUCCGCUGUUGUUCACCACGAAAUCCAACUGCGAUCGCCACCUGUUGAGGAAGCACGGCAACUCCGCCACGACCAUCCCCAACGACGUCCACAACAACUCGAAUUUCCUCAUGCGCAACGUGCCGGAGCGGCCGUUCAAGUGCUCCAGCUGCCCCAGCAGCACCUUCUCGACCUACUCCAAUCUGAAGAAGCACAUCGGCAGCAAGCACUCGACGAACGCGCAGGGCGACGACAUCAAGGCCCAGGGAUACGAAGCCGGCAGCUCGGAGGACGAGAAACAGCCCAAGGGCGACUGGGAGAAGUCCUACAAGCUGGCAGAUUCGGUGCAAAACUCCGACCUGCCUUACAAGUGCCACCUCUGCGAAGGAUCCUUCGCCGAUCGACAGGACGCGGUGGAUCACAUCAGAGACAAGCAUGCUUCAGAGUAUGACCUGCUGAUGUCGAAGAACGCCCUGGAGUGCAGCCCGCCGCCGGUCGACGAGCAGCCGCCGGGCGUCGAUGAAGAAGACGCCGAAGGGCGCGGGAAAUUCCCCGAUUACUCCAACAGGAAGGUGAUUUGCGCGUUUUGCAUGAGGAGGUUUUGGUCUGCAGAGGACCUGCGCAGGCACAUGCGCACGCACACCGGCGAGCGGCCGUUCAGCUGCGACAUCUGCAAGCGCAGGUUCACGCUGAAGCACAGCAUGCUGAGGCACAGGAAGAAGCACAAUUUGAAUUUCGGGCAGGAUGGGAACGGGAGCGAUGAGGAGGGGAAUAACGGGUCGUCGCCGGGGUGUGGGAGAUUGGAGGGUUUUAAUCAAAAGACGGACGAGUCGGAUGGGGCCGAGGGCGUGGAUUUGAUUAGUAAUUUGUUGGGGUUGAGGGAUCGGAGUAUUAUUGAUAAGGUUUUGACAGCUUCGGCUGAUGACGCUGCUAAAUUGUUAGGCGUUAAAAACGGUGUUAAAGAAUAGGUUUUUUUUUAGUAGUAUAUUUUAUGGUGAUUGAGUUGGGUUUCAGAAGGAAAUUUUUAUGUAUGAAAAGAAUUUAUUUUUUUUUUAAGUUGAAGAUUAUUUUUUAGAAGUAUAUUUAUAUUUUGGUAUGAUUAUCGAAAAAUUGUGAAUUUGGGGUGUCUUAUAUUUUGGUAGUUCAUGGAGAGUGUUUCCUAGGGUAUAGAUUAGUAAAUUUGUUAGAACAUUUAGAAGGUUUUUCAACAAAUUGCACUAAAAAUUGUUUGAAUUUUGCAUUCAAAUUUCCACACUGACUAGUUAAAAAUUUAAGAUACCCCUUAUUAGGUUGUUUAUUAAAUUUUAUGUAUUGUAGUACAAUUUUAAUUUCGACUGAAUUAGUUUAGAUUAGCAACAUUAAAUGUUUCCUUCUUAGAAUUUAUUGAUUUUUUUUUAUAUAUGAUAAAAGCUUAUUUCUACAUGUGUAUAUAAAGCAUUUCUUUUUU